CAAUACCACAGUGCAGCGAUUUGCAAUGAACAAAAAAAAAACAAAAGACCGCUUUGAAUUUGAACAACUGGGAAAUCGGAACGCAUUUUGUUUUUUUUUACGUUCCUUUUCACCAAAGGAAUUGCAUGAGAAAAAAAAAACUAUUUAAUGCCGUCCGAUGUUCGCGUCAAGUCGCGUAAACUUUUUCUUUGAUCCUCUUCACAUUUAUCUUACUUGCGGAUCCACUAUCAAUACUUCUUCCUCAUUAUGGUGUUAACCAGAAAACACCCACCCAUUGCAAGCCUCAUGAAGAAAAAACCUCAAGCCAUGCAACACAUUACGUUGCAUGCAAAACCUUUGCCGAGUCAAAGUGGCGUCAUGCAGACCGCCAGGAACCAGGCGACGGCAUGCAAACUUCUACCGAAAACGGAAACAAAACAAUGGUCACUCCUUCCAACUGUGCAGGUCACAACAAAAGCGGAAUCGAGACGUCGAGAUCGUAAAACGUUCUUCGCUUUGCCUCAUAAAGCGCAUGAUGCUGCCACGAACCGCACUUUUACACUGGAAUGUAAACUGGGCGAGGGAGCGACGGCCGAAGUCUUUCAGGCGUAUGACUCUGAGGGUCAACAGUUCGCCAUUAAAGUUAUUCCCAAGACUCGCAUUGCCAACUCGUACCAAAAGGCCCGUUUCUUUGACGAAAUCAAGCUUCACCGAAGAUUAGACCAUCCCAACAUUGUCAAGUUUCAUUGCUACUUUUUUGAUGCAGAAUACGCCUACAUUGUCAUGGAACUAUGUGAAAACAAGACUUUAAUGCAUUUGUUACGAGAAGAGACCGUUUUGAGUGAACAUCAAGUUCACCAUUUUCUGGUCCAAAUUCUGGAAGCACUUCGUUACAUGCACGCUCAGGAUAUCAUGCACGGUGACUUGAAACUAUGCAAUGUCAUGCUAGAUAAAAACAAGAACCCUAAAAUCGGUGAUUUUGGUCUGGCAACUUAUGUCUGCGGAGAGAAACAAACGGGUCUUUGUGGCACCCGCCAUUUUGUCGCGCCGGAGGUCAAGAACAAGAAAGGCUAUGACAAAUCCGCCGAUAUCUGGUCCAUUGGGGCCAUUACUUAUACCAUGUUAUUUGGUCGUUACUACGACGAGAAACGAUCGCUGUGGAAUGAUGGCGUAAAUGUCGGAUCGGCACAUGUUACUGAGCUCGUCUUCCCAACACACAUUCGUAUCUCUGAUAACACCAAAAAUUUCAUCUCCAAAACGCUUGUCUUCCGGCCUGAAUUUCGCUGCACUGUUGAACAGCUGUUGCAAAAUCCGUUUGUCAACAAUAGCCAACUGACUCCCUUGCCGAACAAAAAAAGCGAGCCAUCCAGUGACCGCCCUCCUCAUGAACGUAAAUCAUCACCCAUCAAGCCGAAAUAUACCUACAGUAAGCGAGCGAGACCGAUUCAUCGUGAACAAGGGCAUUCCCGAAAUGACGAAGAGCUGUACGGUCCGAAACGUCAAAAAACCGCUGUAUAUGAGACAGUCAAACUGUCAAAUCUCCGGAUUCGUCCGGUCAUUGUGGAUAUGACUUUGUAAAUAGAAAUAAUUAUUAUGUUGUAUUAAAAAGCAGCCUGUUGGAUAUGUCUUUUGUUAGUGAUUUUAACUUUCUUAAAACUGCGUACAUGCAUGUAUGCAUGCGCCGGGUG